UUCAGCUAGAAGCCACUUUGAAGACUGAAUAAGAUUUCAACAGGCAAAGAUCAUUUGUGGUGAAGCCAGAGCUGGAUAGCUGGAGAGCUUGUGGAUAGACAGUACCGGCCCCAGGGUGGGAACUGGCUGCAGGGGGAGCAUUAAUUGGGGGCAGAGCUGGCAGUAGGAAAGGAAGGCCUUUCAGGGAGGUAGGGGAGCCACAUCUCAUGGGCAAUGGGGAGCCAUAGUAGGUUUUUGAGUAAGGGAGGACUCUUGAAGGCUGCAGUUUUCUAACUGCUCAAAUUCCACUAUGGUCUACAGCUGGUAAGACUGGUGGUAGGGAGACAAAUUUCAAGUAAGAAACCAUCAUUUAUGCUGGAUGCCUUGGAAUAAGUCAUUGUGCCUCUCUGGGCUGCAGUUGCUGGUGACUUGGAUGUCAGGGAGGGGGCAAGGAAGUGGGGGAAAUAGAGAAACAGCUGUUUAUCUUUGAAGAGGCUGGGAAAGCAGAACUUAGGGUGGGGCCAAGCGACAGACAGGAUUUUCUGGGGCCACCAAGUGAAGGCAUUCCUGGACACAGCCUGAGCUGGGAACAUGGGCUCCUGGAUGCCAGCUGGCAGCUGCCCUGCCCUCUCACUGGGUUGGCCAGCAUAGUGUGUGGGGAAACAGGCCUGGGAUCCCAGCAGGCUCUGAGACUGAGGUUCCCUAGGAGAUCCCUGUGUGCCCAGCACAGUGCUCCCCAACCUCGUAGGCAACAGAACCAGCGUGACAACCUGCUAUGGACUUCCUGCUCCAGCUCCUCCUCCUGGCCUUACCCAUCCCAACAGACCUGAUCUCGUGGGGCGUCUCCAGUCCCGAGACCGUGAAGGGUGUGAAGGGGUCCUGCCUCGUCAUCCCCUGCACCUUCAGCUUCCCUGCCAGUGUGAAUGUGCCCGAUGGCAUCACAACCAUCUGGUACUAUGACUACUCAGGCAGACGGCAGGUAGUGAGUCACUCCACAAACCCCCAGCUGGUGGAGGCCCGCUUCCAAGGCCGUGCCCAGAUGGUGGGGAAUCCUGAGCUCAGGGUGUGCAACCUGCUGCUGAAGGAUCUGCAGCCUGAGGACUCAGGCUCCUACAACUUCCGCUUCGAGAUCAGCGAGGGCAACCGCUGGGUAGAUGUCAAAGGCACAGCAGUCACUGUGACAGAGGAGCUCAUCAUGCCUACCGUUGCCUCUCCGGCUGAGCUGCAUGAGGGCAUGGAGGUGGACUUCAACUGCUCCACUCCGUACGCAUGCCUGCUGGAGCCGGUCACCCUGCGGUGGCAAGGCCAGGACCCUGCCCGCUCCACCACCUCCACACUCCAGAAGCUUGAGCCCACGGGCAUCCACCACCAGGAGACCCUCCACAUGGCCCUGUCCUGGCAGGACCAUGGCCGGACCUUGAGCUGCCAGCUCUCAGCAGCCAACCAUAAGACUCAGCAUGAGCUUCGUCUCCAAGUGCAGUAUGCCCCCAAGCAUGUGGAAAUCCUCCUCAGCCCCUCGGGGCGGAACAUCCUUCCAGGGGAUCUGGUCACACUCAUCUGCCAGGUGAACAGCAGUCACCCUCAGGUCAGCUCUGUGCAGUGGGUCAAGGAUGGGACGCACCUCAAAAACCGGAGUCGAGUACUACAGUUGCCCCGGGCAGCCUGGGCUGAUGCUGGCGUCUACACCUGUGAAGCUGGGAAUGGCGUGGGCUCUUUGGUCUCACCUCCUGUCAGCCUCCACAUCUUCAUGGCUGCGGUCCAGGUGAGCCCCUCAGGCUCGAUUCUGGAGAACCAGACUGUGACGCUGGCCUGCAACACACCGAAAGAAGCGCCCAGGGAGCUGCGCUACGCAUGGUACAAAAACCACGAGCUGAUGAAGGCCACCCACAGUCGCAUCCUCCAGCUGCACUCAGUCACCAGGGCCGAUACAGGCUUCUACUUCUGUGAGGUGCAGAAUGCCCAGGGCAGAGAGCGCUCUGACCCAGUCAGCGUGUUGGUCCGCCACCCACCCCUCACCCCACACCUAACUGCCUUCCUGGAGACGCAGGAGGGACUGGUGGGCAUCCUCCAGUGCUCUGUGGUCAGCGAGCCCCUGGCUACUCUGGUGUUGUCACAUGAGGGCCUCGUCCUCGCCUCAACUUCCGGAGAGGGUGACCAGAGCCCACGCUUCAGUGUCUACUCUGCCCCAAACUCCCUGCGCCUGGAGAUUCGAGACCUGGGGCCAACGGACAGUGGGGAGUACACCUGCUCAGCCACCAAUUCCCUUGGGAAUUCAUCCUCCACCCUGGACUUCCAUGCCAAUGUGGCCCGCCUCCUCAUCAGCCCAGCAGCAGAAGUGGCAGAAGGGCAGGCGGUAACACUUAGCUGUAGGAGCAGCCUGAGCCCAAUGCCUGACACCCGCUUCUCCUGGUACCGGAAUGGGGCCCUGCUUCUUGAGGGGCCCAGCAGCAGCCUCCUGCUCCCUGUGGUCUCCAGCACUGAUGCCGGCUCAUACCACUGUCGGGCCCAGGAUGGCCAUGGCACCAGCGGGCUCUCCUCACCUGCUGUCCUCACCGUCCUCUAUGCCCCACGCUGGCCCACGUUCACUGCCCAGCUGGACCCUGACACCGCCGGAGCCGGUCAGCGAGGCCUCCUGUUGUGCCGUGUGGACAGCGACCCCCCGGCCCAGCUGCGGCUGUUCUACAGGGGUCGCGUGGUGGCCUCUUCCCUGCCAUCAGGGGGCAGCUGUAGCACCUGCGGGAGCUGUUCCCCACGCACAAAGGUUACCAGAGCCCCCAACCUGCUGCGGGUAGAGAUCCAAGACCCGGUGCUGGAGGACGAGGGCGUGUACCUCUGCGAGGCCAGCAACGUCCUGGGCAACGCCUCUGCCUCAGCGAACUUCAAUGCCCAGGCCACCGUCCUGGUCAUCACACCGUCGCACACGCUGCAAGAAGGCACCGGAGCCAACCUGACUUGCAGGGUGAGCCGGGAAGCUGGCGGCCCUGCCAACUUCACCUGGUUCCGAGAUGGGGCCCUGUGGGCCCAGGGCCCCCUAGAGACCCUGACGCUGCUGCCUGUGGCCAGAACAGAUGCCGCCCUGUAUGCCUGCCGCAUCCUCACUGAGGCCGGUGCCCAGCUCUCCACCCCUGUGGUCCUGCAAGUGCUGUACCCUCCAGACCCUCCAAAGCUGUCUGCUCUCCUGGAUGUGGACCAGGGCCACACGGCUGUGUUUGUCUGCACUGUGGACAGUCGCCCUCCUGCCCAGCUGGCACUGUUCCACGGCGAGCACCUCUUGGCCACCAGCCCAGGGCUCCAGCUUCCAUCCCGUGGCCGCCUCCAGGCCAAAACCACAGCCAACUUCCUGCAGCUAGAGGUCCAAGACUUGACCCUUAAGGACUCUGGUAGCUACCGCUGUGAGGCCAACAAUGCCCUGGGAUCAGCUAACACUUCCCUUUUCUUCCAGGUCCGAGGAGCCUGGCUCCGGGUGUCACCGUCACCUGAGCUCCAGGAGGGCCAGGCUGUGGUCCUGAGCUGCCAAGUACCCACAGGGGUCCUGGAGGGGACCUCAUACCAUUGGUACCGAGAUGGCCAGCCCCUCCAGGAGUUCACCUCAGCCACAAUCCGUUUUGCAGCCAUAACUCUGAGCCAAGCUGGGGCCUACCAUUGCCAAGCCCAGGCUCCCGGCUCAGCCACCACGAACCUGGCAGCCCCGGUUAGCCUCCAUGUGUCUUAUGCCCCUCGCCAGGCCACACUCACUACCCUCAUGGACACAGGCCCUGGGCGACUGGGCCUACUCCUGUGCCGUGUGAACAGUGACCCUCCAGCCCAGCUACGACUGCUUCAUGGGGACCGCCUUGUGACCUCUACCCUGCAAGGAGUGGGGGAGCUUGCGGGGAGCUCUCCCCGGCUACAGGUGGCUGUGGCCCCCAACACGCUGCGCCUGGAGAUUCACAAUGCAGUGCUGGAGGAUGAAGGCGUCUAUACCUGCGAGGCCACCAAUGCCCUAGGCCAGGUCUUGGCCUCAGCCACCUUUGAUGCCCAAGCUGUGAGUGUGCAGGUGUGGCCCAAAGCCACAGUGCAGGAGGGGCAGCUGGUGAACCUGACCUGCCUUGUAUGGACCACUCACAUGACCCAGCUCACCUACACAUGGUACCAAGAUGGGCAGCAGCGCCCAGAUGCUGCCCAGUCCAUCGCCCUCCCCAAUGUCACGGUCGUGGACGCCACCUCCUACAGCUGUGGUGUGUUGAUCCCUGGCCAGACACUCCAUCGCUCCAGGCCUGUCACCCUGGAUGUCCUCUAUGCACCCCGCAGCCUGCGCCUGACCUAUCUCCUGGAGAGCCGUGGCGGGCAGCUUGCCCUGGUGCUGUGCACCGUGGACAGCCGUCCACCUGCUCAGCUGGUCCUCAGCCAUGCUGGCCGCCUCCUGGCCUCCUCAACCACAGCCUCAGCCCCCAACACCCUGCAGCUGGAGCUGUGGGAGCCCGGGCCCAGCGAUGAGGGUCUCUACAGCUGCUCAGCCCGCAGUCCUCUGGGUCAGGUCAACACAUCCUUAGAGCUGCGACUAGAGGGUGUGCAGGUGACCCUGGCUCCAUCAGCCGCUGUGCCUGAGGGAGCCCCUAUCACAGUGAGCUGUGAAGACCCUGCUGCCCGCCCACCCACCCUCUAUGCCUGGUACCACAACAGCCGUUGGCUGCAGGAGGGGCCAGAGGCCUCUCUCUCCUUCCCAGUGGUUACACGGGCUCACGCAGGAGCCUAUACCUGUCAGGUCCGGGAUGCCCAGGGUACACGCAGCUCCCAGCCCACAGCGCUGCAUGUCCUCUAUGCCCCCCGGGAUGCCACUGUGUCCUCCUUCUGGGACUCAAGGAGCAGCCCCAUGGCUGUGGUACAGUGCACCGUGGACAGUGAGCCGCCUGCCGAGCUGGCCCUGGCCCGCAAUGGCAAAGUUCUGGCCACCAGCAACGGCAUCCCUGGCUUGGCAGUGGAGACGGGCCAUGUCCAGGUGGCCCGCAAUGCCCUGCGGCUGCGAGUGCAAGCUGUGCCCUCAGGGGACGAGGACACCUACGUCUGCACAGCUCGCAACUUGCUGGGCUCAGUCAGCACCACCUUGGGGCAGCUGCAGGCAGAAGGUGUGCAUGUGGUGGCCGAGCCAGGGCUAGAUGUGCCCGAGGGCGCAGCACUGAACUUGAGUUGUCAGCUCCCUGGUGGCCCUGGGCUCAUGGGCAACUCCACCUUCACUUGGUUCUGGAAUGGCCGGCGACUACACACGGAGCCUGCGCCCACCGUCGCCUUCACCCACGUGGCCCGUGACCAAGCUGGGAUGUACCACUGCCAGGCUGAGCUCCCCACUGGGGCCAUCGCCUCUGCUCCAGUUACCCUCCGGGUGCUCUAUCCCCCCAAGACACCCACGAUGACGGUUUUUGUGGAGCCUGAGGGUGGCAUCCAAGGCAUUCUGGACUGCCGAGUAGACAGCGAGCCCCUGGCCAGCCUGACCCUCCACCUUGGCAGUCGGCUGGUGGCCUCUAGCCAGUCCAAGGUUGCUCCUGCCAAGCCACACAUCCAUGUCUCAGUCACCCCCAAUGCCUUGAGGGUGGUCAUAGAGGAGCUGAGGCCCAGUGACCAGGGGGAAUAUGUGUGCUCCGCCUCUAAUUCCCUGGGCUCUGCCUCUGCUGCCACCUACUUUGGAACCAGAGCCCUGCACCGCCUGCAGCUGUUCCAGCAGCUCCUCUGGGUCCUGGGACUGCUGGCUGGCCUUCUCUUCCUUCUGCUGGGCCUGGGGACCUGCUACACCUGGAGGAGGAGGAAGUCACCAGAAUCUGUGAUGACUCGGACCCUGUGAACAAUGCAGCGUUGGGUCCUGACUCCCUCUGAAAACAUCUCUGUGGCAUCUGACUUUCUAUGACCUGGCUCCAACCCCCAAGAAAAAUGGGUGGUGAGAGGUGGUGGUGAACCUCAAUCUACCCAUAAGGGUGUUGACCCUGGGCAACUCUGAAGAAAAAUGAAUUGAUCACGUUGUCUAUUUCUCUUUCUCUCUUCUCUGGAUCUCAUCUCUCUAUUUAUCUUCCAAUGCACUACCUCUUCACGUCUUCUUCCUCCAAGCUCACUGUGGACUUCUGGGAUGGAUUAGAAUAGAAGAAGAGCUUUCUAUAUCAUUACAAGCUGGUCACGGCACCCUAUAGUGACUAGAAUAUAAGUUAGGCUGCUCUAAAAAGACCAAAUACAGUAACUUCAACAUGAAAGAAUUUGAUUUUUCUCUCUCAUACUAGUCUGGGUAUAUUAUGGUGGUUUAAAAUGUUGGAGCUCUGGAUCCUUCUCUUUUGUUUUUCUCCAUCCCUAAAAUGUUGCUUCUGAUUGUGAAGUUCACAAUGAUCCCAUUGGGCUCAUACUCCUUCCAGCAAGAAGAAGUGGAAUGAAAGGCACACUCAUUCCCAUUGUGGAUACAACCCAGAAGUUCUGGCUGGAAUUUGGUCAUAUGGCUACUCCAAGCUGCAAGGGAUUUUGGGAAAUGUAGUUUUUAUUAUAUUUCCAAAGGACUCCCAACUAUGGACUCAUCCCUGAGACUUUGAGAACACUGAUGAGAAGGCUGCCAGCAGGCCAUAUUCUGUCUCAGUGCCCAUCUACUGAAGGCCAGGGUAUGUCCCUGUCCUUUCUGGUCAUGAGUCCUGGAGGAGGUAGUGCCUUUCACACAUUAAGACUGAGAAAGUCAAGAAGGAUUUGUGGUCGCUAGGGAGAGGGAAUGCCAGGCAGUUGAGUUGCCUGAACAGGCAUCUUGUGCCAGGUCUAGCCCUUGAAAGAAGAGGUGCCUCCAUUUACACUCCCCACCCCCAGAGAGUGUGGGGAGCAGACAUCGUAUCAGCAUCCUUGUUUCUGCUCCAAGUGCAUUCCUGUCCAGGAUCAAGUGAGCUCACGUCCUCUUCCUGGAAGUGUGUGCACCAGGGGUUACUAAGACAAACAAGGGUCACUAAGAAAGAAUAACGUGCCCCUAGGGAAGUCAGUGCCUGAGGGGAACCAGUUCUCGGGGGGCUAGUGACUCCUUUGGUAUCCUGGUGGCACAUGGUGGGAGGAGCACGGGGCUCACCACUCUGGGAUUUGAGUUGAGAAAUGUGGAGAGAAGUGGGAAGUUGGCAUAGGAGCUAACAGGUUGGGAAGAGAUUGAAGGCCAGGUGAGCUUCAUGCAGCCAUACAUGGACCCUUCUGGUUCCAGGCCCCGUUCUUAUUAGUGCCCAAUUGCCAGGCUCUUCCUGGGGUCUAUCAACAUGUCCUCCCAAUAAACAUCCAUCCUGUGGCAUAA